GCAGCGGGAGCAGGAGGCAUGCGGGGUGCCGGCCGGCCGAGCCGGGCCCCCCGCGCCGCCGCGCUCGGCCUGGCGCUGCUGCUCGCCUCCUGCGUGCAGGUGUCCCGGUCCACGGGCUAUUUCGAGCUGCAGCUUAACUCGGUGCGGAAUGUAAACGGCGAGUUGUUCAAUGGGGAAUGCUGCGAUGGCAAGAAAAGCCCCGAGAACCUGGACUGCUCCCGGGACGAGUGCGACACUUACGUGAAAGUCUGCCUCAAGGAAUAUCAGGCCAAGAUCACCCCGGUCGGACCCUGCAACUACGGAUCCGGAUCUACCCCGGUUCUCGGUGGAAAUAUUUUCUAUUUGAACAGCAACAAAUACUCCCACCAAGGCAGAACCCCCGAGACGGGCAGGAUUGUUAUUCCCUUCCAGUUCGCGUGGCCGAGGUCGUUCACAUUAAUAUUAGAAGCAUGGGAUUGGGAUAAUGAUACAAAAGCUGGUGAAAACUUGUUAAUAGAGCGAGUGGCACACGCUGGCAUGAUCAACCCAGAAGAUCGAUGGAAGACCCUCCAAAUUAAUGGUCCUGUUGCCCACUUUGAAGUGCAAAUAAGGGUGAAAUGUGAUGAAAAUUACUACAGUGCUCUGUGCAACAAGUUCUGUGGCCCUCGGGAUGACUUUGUUGGUCACUACACGUGUGAUCAAAAUGGAAACAAAGCCUGCAUGGAAGGUUGGAUGGGAGAAGAAUGCAAACAAGCUGUGUGUAAACAAGGAUGUAAUUUGCUCCAUGGGGGCUGCAGUGUACCUGGGGAAUGCAAGUGUCAUUAUGGUUGGCAAGGACAGUUCUGUGAUGAGUGUGUCCGCUACCCAGGCUGUGCUCAUGGGAGCUGUAAUGAACCAUGGCAGUGUAAUUGUGAAACCAACUGGGGUGGCCUGCUCUGUAACAAAGAUCUGAACUACUGUGGGAGUCACCACCCGUGCCUGAACGGCGGAACCUGCAUGAACACGGAGCCGGACGAGUAUCGCUGUGCCUGCCCCGACGGCUACUCGGGGAAGAACUGCGAAAUCGCCGAGCAUGCUUGUGUAUCUAAUCCCUGUGCUAAUGGUGGAAUUUGUCACGAAAUUUCGUCAGGCUUCAAGUGUCACUGCCCAUCGGGGUGGAGUGGACCAACAUGUGCUAUUGAUAUCGACGAGUGUGCAUCAAACCCCUGUGCUCAAGGAGGGACCUGCAUUGAUGGUAUCAAUGCAUUCGAGUGUAUUUGUCCACAGCAGUGGAUUGGAGCAACUUGCCAGCUUGAUGCUAAUGAGUGUGAGGGGAAACCCUGUGUUAAUGCUUACUCUUGCAAAAAUCUCAUUGGUGGAUAUUACUGUGACUGCAUUCCAGGAUGGACAGGAGUAAAUUGUCAUAUCAAUAUAAAUGACUGUCAUGGACAGUGCCAGCAUGGAGGGACUUGUAAGGAUGAAGUGAAUGGUUACCACUGCAUAUGCCCCCGUGGUUUCACAGGGAAGAACUGUGAGAUAGAAACCAACGAGUGCGAGAGCAAUCCCUGCCGGAACGGGGGCCGCUGCAAAGACCUGGUGAAUGGAUUCACUUGCCUCUGUUCCCAGGGAUUCUCAGGAGUCUUCUGCGAGAUGGAUAUUGAUUUCUGUGAACCUAACCCUUGCCAGAAUGGGGCUAAAUGUUAUGAUCUGGGAGGAGAUUAUUACUGUGCCUGCCCUGAUGACUAUGAUGGAAAAAAUUGUUCUCAUCUCAAGGACCAUUGCAAGAACAAUUCUUGUAAAGUAAUAGACAGCUGUACAAUAGAAGUCUUCACUAAUGCUACGCAAGAAGGAAUCCGUUUCAUUUCAUCCAAUGUUUGUGGGCCUCAUGGACGGUGUAUCAGUCAGCCAGGAGGGAAUUUCACUUGUGCCUGUGACAGAGGUUUUACUGGAACAUACUGUCAUGAGAAUAUCAAUGACUGCCUUGGGAAGCCUUGCAAGAAUGGUGGGACAUGUAUUGAUGAAGUUGAUUCAUUCAGAUGUUUCUGUUCAAGUGGCUGGGAAGGAGAGCUGUGUGACACAAAUUUCAAUGACUGUUCUCCUAACCCAUGUCACAACGGUGGCCGAUGCAUUGAUUUGGUAAAUGACUUCUAUUGUGAGUGCAAGAAUGACUGGAAAGGCAAAACUUGUCACUCACGUGAAUACCAGUGUGAUGCAAACACUUGCAGUAAUGGUGGGACAUGCUAUGAUGAUGGAGACACAUUCCGCUGCUCAUGUCCUCCAGAGUGGAUAGGAAGUACUUGCAACACUGCUAAAAACAGCAGCUGCAUUCUCAACCCGUGCAUGAAUGGUGGAACAUGUGUUGGCAGCGGAGAUUCCUUCUCGUGCAUCUGCAAAGAAGGAUGGGAAGGACGCACAUGCACACAGAACACCAAUGACUGCAACCCUCAUCCGUGUUACAACGGAGGGAUCUGUGUGGAUGGAGUGAACUGGUUCCGAUGUGAAUGCGCCCCCGGCUUUGCUGGUCCUGACUGCAGAAUUAAUAUUGAUGAAUGCCAGUCUUCUCCUUGUGGGUAUGGUGCCACCUGUAUAGAUGAAAUAAAUGGAUACCGAUGCACUUGUCCCCCUGGAAGAAUUGGUCCUAGAUGCCAAGAAGUGAUUGGAAUUGGAAAGCCUUGCUGGCUUAAAGGAAUGACCUUUCCCCAUGGCAGCCGGUGGGAACAGGAGUGCAACAGCUGCCACUGUUUGGAUGGACGUAUUGACUGCACCAAGGUGUGGUGUGGAAAAAAGCCUUGUCUGUUACACAAAUACUGGGAUAAUUCCAACAACCAGUGUCCCAUGGGUCAGGAAUGCCAGGAGAAGUAUAUGAAAUGCUUUCAGCCACCGUGCACAGACUGGGGAGAAUGCAGUGCCUCUGAACCUCUGCCUAUCAAUAUCAAGUGUCUGCCUAAUUCUGGGUACUUGGACAACGACUGUGCUAGAAUUACUUUAAUUUUUAAUGGAGACAAAGUCCCCCAGGGCACUACAACAGAAAAUAUCUGUUCUGAAAUUCGGUAUUUGCCAGCUACUAGGACUGUUUCUAGGGACAGAACUCUGAUAAUAUUGUGUGAUCCAUCUUACUCCACAGAGAAUGCAGUGGAAGUUGCUAUUUCCUUUGUCCCGCACCGAGAUGAACAAGAUAACAGCCUCAUUCAGAAUGCUGCUAAUACAAUAGUGAAUGCCAUCACCAAGCGACAGAACAGCACAGUUAUGUUGGCAGUCACUGAAGUCAAAGUCGAGACCAUCGUUGUGGGGAAUUCAUCAUCAGAUUAUUUGGUUCCAAUUCUUUGUGCGGUAUUUAGCAUUGUGUGGCUGACUUGUAUAAUCAUCUGCGUGUGGUGGACUCGGAAGAGAAGAAAAGAGAGAGAGAGAAGCCGUCCUCCCAGAGAAGAGGGUGCCAAUAACCAGUGGGCACCUUUAAAUCCCAUAAGAAAUCCUAUAGACAGAUCUUACAGUAACAAAGACAUUCGUUACGAAUGCAAAAACUUCAUAUCUCCUCAAAAGAGAACUUGUGAUGCAGUAGAGGAGUAUGUGGAGUAUGAGGAAGAGGAGGAUGAAGAGGAGGAAAGAGAUGAGGAAAUGGACAAAUUCCUCUCUCACAAACUCGCAAAGCCUUUGCCGACAAAGGUGUCUGACACAUCAGAGAGCAGUCCAGUAAAGAAGUCCCAUCAAAUAGGCAAAAUGGACAACAGAUCUGUAAAAAAUGUGAAUGCAUCAAACUUUGAAGGCAGUAGAGACUAACCUGUAUUUGGGAUGUAGGCAGACUGCGCCUGCGCUUGCUGGGGAGGGGAAAAAUUGACAUCUCCACUUUGCAUCAAGGACUAAAAAUAUCUGGAGUCAAAUGUUCAUAGUUUCUUUA